AUGGACAACUCCGGGAAAGAGAAGGAGGCCAUGCAGCUGAUGGCUGAAGCUGACAAGAAGGUCAAAGCGUCCGGAUCCUUCCUCGGAGGGAUGUUCGGGGGGAACCAUAAGGUGGAGGACGCCUGCGAAAUGUACGCCAGAGCAGCCAACAUGUUUAAGAUGGCAAAGAACUGGAGUGCUGCUGGGAAUGCGUUCUGUCAGGCCGCUCGGCUCCACAUGCAGCUUCAGAACAAACUGGAUUCUGCCACCAGCUUCGUCGAUGCAGGAAACGCCUACAAGAAGGCCGACCCACAGGAGGCUAUCAACUGUUUAAAUCAGGCCAUUGACAUCUACACUGACAUGGGUCGGUUUACCAUUGCAGCCAAACAUCACAUCACUAUAGCAGAGAUUUAUGAGUCAGAGCUGGUGGACAUUGAGAAGGCCAUUGCCCACUACGAGCAGGCAGCAGACUACUACAAGGGAGAAGAAUCUAACAGCUCAGCUAACAAAUGUCUUCUGAAGGUCGGACACUACAGCGCUCAGCUGGAACAGUACCAGAAAGCGAUUGAAAUCUAUGAGCAGGUUGCAAUGAGCACCAUGGACAAUCCCCUACUCAAGUACAACGCAAAAGAGUAUUUCUUUAAGGCAUCGCUCUGUCAUUUCAUUGUGGAUGAGCUCAAUGCCAAGUUGGCCAUCGAGAAGUAUGAAGAGAUGUUUCCAGCCUUCUCAGACUCCAGAGAGCUCAAACUGUUAAAGAAACUGCUAGAAGCCCACGAGGAGCAGAAUAGCGAGGCGUUCACGGAGGCCGUGAAGGAGUUUGAUUCUGUGUCUCGCCUGGACCAGUGGCUGACCACGAUGUUGCUACGCAUCAAGAAAACCAUCCAGGGGGACGCUGGAGACCUGAAAUAGACACAAUUAGAAGAGGGGAGAGAGCAAAGGGGGGGAAUAGGGGAAGGGGCCAUUGAAGAGAGAAGGAAGAUGAGAGUGGAGGGGAUUAAAUGAUGGGACAAGAGACAGGCAUGUAUCUUAAUGGAUGUGUAAAAGUAGAAUAAAGUAAAGGCAGAAAGAUGAAAGAGGGUGGGAGGUGAAGGAGUUUACAGUUGUACAUAUCAGUCUGCAUGUGACCUGCCCCCCCAAUGAGCUAAGCAUCACCUUUAAAUCACCUUAAGAUCACCCUGUGUCUCCCGGUCCUGCAGUAUUGCUCUCGUAACACUGGACAGAAUUGUACUUAAAAAGUAAGAGUGGAAAGAAAACGUGUGUGUGUGUGUGUGUGUGUGUGUGUGUGUGUGUGUGUGUGUGUGUGUGUGUGUGUGUGUGUGUGUGUGUGAAAGAGAAAGAGUGUGUGUCCACACCAGAAAGGUAAAUGAAACUGUCUGAUGGGAAAGUUUGCAGCUUAAAUGAGAUUUAAGGAAAUAUGUUAUUAAAAAAAACAAUAUUGAGAAAUAUUAUUUAUGAGAUUACUGAUAUUUAUUGUCAAUACUGAACAUAUGUAUUGUUUAUUAUGGUGCUCAGUGUUAUGAUUUGUCUUACUAUUUUAGGUAUUAGCCCCUCAGCUCUCUCUCCUUCUCCUUUCUCCUUUACUUCUUCUCCUCCUCUGUCUCACUGUCCUCUCCGCAUCCCCACACCCUGUCAAAUCAGUGAAAUCACCCAUUGUGAUUGGUUGGCUCUUUGUGUUCAGGCCAGUGGUGGUUCGGCACAGUAAGCCACCAGUGCUGACUCCUGUCACUGCCUUGUUUUGUGCAUGUCUACUGUCAUGUUGUUGUAAGUGUUCUCCGUGUUGUGCUAAUGUGUGAAGAACAUACAUGUAGCCUCGUAUCAUUUGUGUGAAAUCAGUAAAUAUGUACUUCAGAGACCGAGUUGAAUAAAAACAUCAGC